CGAGUGCAAUACACGCACUUGUCAGCUCACCCAACAGGUCAGAUAAUUCGUUUUGAAUUACUUUAUAGUUAUAGUCUACGUGUAUGUAUUUGUAUAACAACAUGCACACACAUGUAAGAAACAGGAAAAGGUCCGUGUCUCUUUAAGAACGUGGUACGGUGAGGUCACGUGGUACGGAAGUAAACACAAACAACACAUGUGGAUACUGGUGGGUAGGGUACGAAAAGUUCCUCGUCACAGUAAAUGCUCACUUGUCUAUACAAAUAUUGUACUAUUUUACAGCGGUGGUUGCUUAAUGAUAGUACGAAUAGCUGUUGUUACGUGUUGUAGGCCUACCUGUCUUCGGAUGGUUCACAGAGUUAAGUUGGCGUCUUUUCUAGCACCAGCACCAGCACCGGCUGACCGCAGAAUGCAGGAGCCUGCGCGUUGUCUACCCUCCACUUUCCUCUCCGACCAUCAAGGUUUCGUCGGUACCAUUAAAAACUGCAUUCAAGAUUUUGUUGUGACAGAAAUAAAUAUUCACGGGCAGCAGGUAACCAAAGCUAAACCAGAAUCACCACCAUGCAACGAAGGGAAUGAUCAAUGCCACAAACCCAAACGGGCAAGGGUGGAAGAAGAGAACGCGCUAUCUACUUCAGGCUCUGGGAAAACCACACACAGCCAUAACAACAGCAAUCAGGAUAAAGAUGUCGAUGAUGAUCAUGACAGUAUCGUAAGUUCUGACUGUUUUGAUCUCGGAGUGAUUCUGGGACCCGCGGUUUCACAACAGCUUCACCAGUUCACCACUGAGCUCCGACUUGGAGAUGGUGGGCAUGGUGAGACAGCUCUGGGGCAUCUCUCUCUGGGCUCCUUUAGCGAUAAAACACAGAGGGCCAGUGUCCACCGAGCUGUGCGCCACAACUACCCCUUUCUAAUGACUGUAACCAACCAGGAAGAGAUCCUGGUUAAAGAGAAUCCCGACUUCCAGAAGCUCGCGACUCUGGUGUCUGAGCUGGAAUGCGAGGAGUUCUUUCGGUUCAUCGAUGCCAAGGUGGCGGGAAGUUCUUUUUCCUUCCAACCUGAUGGCAGCAAAGAGCACAGGACCUCUGUCCAUCACUUCAUCACCGUCAGGUUUGGAAAACUGGUUGAAACGAAAAGUUUCACAAACGAAACGGGAAGCUUCAUCACCGCGAGGCUAAGAGAGCGCACGAGGCCAAACAAGAAGAGGUCUGCUGCUGAUGCUGAGCGUGUGGACGUCACAUACACAGGGUUUGUGCUGCGUAAGGAUAAUCUUGAGACUCUUGAGGCGAUCAGUCUGAUGGCGGCGGCUCUGGACGUGUUGCCGUGUGACUUCAGCUACGCAGGAACUAAAGACAAGAGAGCUGUCACACAUCAGGACAUGGUGGUGAUGAAGGUCUCAGUACACAGACUGAAAGAGAAGGCGUCUGAGUUUGUGUCGAGAGGGAUCCACCUGUCUGGCAUCCACGCGGCGUCGGAGCCACUACACCUGGGCAGGCUGAAGGGAAACCACUUUGACAUCGUCAUCAGGGACCUGAAGCUCCAUGACAACAGCUGCCAUGGUGACCUGGAGACGCUGGUAAACAAAGCCGUGGAGGACACCAAGCGUCGGGGCUUCAUUAACUACUACGGGCCUCAGCGCUUUGGCAACAGUCAGAGCGUCCAGGCGGACCGAGUGGGACUGGCUCUGCUGAAGGAAGACAUGGAGGCUGCCAUAUCUUUGUUCUUCACUCCAGAUGAUGAAGACGACCUGCCCAAUAAAGCCAAACGCCACUACAAAAACACAGGUAAUGCUAAAGAGGCCUUGGCGUUGAUGCCGGUCUUCAAGGCCCGUGAGCGGCUGAUGUUGCGCGCACUGCACCGCUACGGCGUUUCAGCAGAGGGCGCCAGUCGCGCGUGGCUCAGUCUUCCCCACGCCUCGCGCUGCUUCUACCCCCACGCGUACUGCAGCCUCAUAUGGAACCAGGCGGCAGCCCACAGGAUACAGCAGCUGGGGACCAGGCCGGUUCAAGGGGACCUCGUCUGGACCAGGCCCAGUCAGGGAGACCUCACCUGGGAUGCUGCAGCGCCAAGGGCUGGGCCAGGCCUGGAGGUGCACGUGGUGACUGCAGCUGAAGCAAAAGAGGGAAUUUUCUCACUGGAACAGGUGGUUCUGCCGAUGCCCGGUAACUCUGUUCUGUACCCGGAAAACGUGCUGGGUUCCUGGUACCGGGAGCGGCUGGAGCAGGACGGACUGGGGAGCUGCCGGUUCCGCGUUCCGGCUCUGAAGCUGAACGUUCCGGGCUGCUAUCGGCCCCUAGUGGCCCGCGCCCUCAACCUCACACACACGCUGCUCCCACACCACAACGUCGCACACACGCUCCCCACGCCCUCGCCUGGCCAAGACGCGCACCGCGACCUCACACUUCUCCCUGCCGAAGACACACAUGAUGUGGAUCGGCAGUCACAGCUCACGCCCACUCCUGCCCCAGCAGAACAGACACACACACCUGCCCUCACACACACACCUGUCCUCACACACACACCUGCGCUGCACCUGUCGUUUGAUCUGAACUCGUCCUGCUACGCCACCGUCUUCCUCCGCGAGGUGAUGAGGUGCGACCUCUCAUGAGCUGGUAACCAUGGAGACUCUAUAGUAACUCUAGACCGGUGAUGAGGAGUGACCUGUCGUGAUGUGUCACCUGUCAACCUGGUUUCCAUGGAGUCUCCAUAGUGAUGCCACCUGUACAUAUAGUUGCCGUAGAGAUGACCUAGCGAUAUUUUCAGGCGGUAUUUCAGUGUGAUGUGUGGUUUGCAGUGUGUGUUAAUGUCAUAUUUUGUGAUAUCCAGUUUUGUUUAUUUGUAUCAUGCACAUUAUGGAGGAGAUGCAUUGCCUGUGAUAUUGAAGUGACGUUUCCUCUGUAUAAUAAAUGUAACACAUUACAGUUCUUGUAAUGUGCCACUACUUUUCCUGCA